GCCUACAACUCCCAAAGCACCCCAUUCCACCCUGGGCUGCUUACGUCUCUGUCCCGGAAACGUGCGCGUGCAAGCAGUCGGCGUACGUCAUGGCGGCCAGACGCCUUUUCAUACCUACCUGUACGUGGGCUGCCUGGAGAUCCCAGGAGCUCCCAACCCGCGCCGCCUUUGGAAGACUGUUGGUUCGAGAUUAUGCCAAGAAGCCAGUCAUGAAGGGGGCGAAGGGAGCCAAGGGUGCUGUGAGCAGUGAUGCCCUGAAGGACCCAGAUGUGUGCACAGAUCCUGUCCAGCUCACCACGCAUGCCAUGGGUGUGAACAUCUACAAGGAGGGGCAGGAUGUGGUCCUGAAGCCGGAUGCCGAAUACCCUGAGUGGCUGUUCCAGAUGAAUGUAGGCCCCCCAAAGAAGCUGGAGGAGCUGGACCCUGACACCCGAGAGUACUGGCGACUGCUUCGGAAACAGAACAUUUGGCGGGACAAUCGGCUGAACAAGAACAAGAAGUUCUAGUGGGCCAGAGGGUGAGGUGAACCCUCGUCCCCCACCCAGGGACUCUUUCCAGGGAGAGAAUGGACCUUGCCCGGAUUGCAGGAGGUCCAGGCCCAGGGCCUGGCACAGUGGCGCACUCCUGAGGCCGAGGCCGAGGUAGGAGCACUGUAAAUUCGAGCCCAGCCCGGGCGACUCAGCAGCUUGGCAGGAGCCUGUGUCAGAAACCAGAGGGGCCUCGGUUCCGUCCUCGCGCCCCAAUAUAAAGGUAAAAGAAACAA